UCAGCUACAGAACCUUCUCCCCAGAGAAACCGAGGUCUCGGUGUUACUGUUCUGCCAGUGAAAGUGUCAUCAUAUUUGUUUACCAAAAGCAUCCUGUGUCCACUAUGAUGCGCUGACGUACAGUAUCAUAUCACAGAUGAGUCAAGAACACUGGUAAAGUGAUCUGUUUUGUAAUGAAAACGUCCAAGUUGUACUUCUGUUAAAGACAGACUGAAGUAAAUCUGCAUCAAGCUGUGUAACGCUGCCUCAGCAGUGUCCUUGUUGGUAUUUAAAAAGAGGGAAGUUGAAGGUAUUUUAAAAGGAGGCAGUGUUAGCGGCAGCAUCAGUCCGGUGUGUUCCACUGUCUUCCACCAACAGCAUCAUGACCCACCUGCUGCUUGGAGCUGUGCUGCUGGGAAACCUGGGCGUCUGUGUCACAGCACAAGUGAUGCUUGCUCCGCCCGUCCAGGUGAAGUUUGACUCUGUGGACUAUAAAACCAUCCUGCACUGGACUCCACCCACCAACAGCACCUCCCUGCAGUACUACGUCCAGUGGAAGAUUUAUGGUGAGCCUGAGUGGUUGGACGUGGACGGCUGUCAGGGGAUCCACAAGCAUCACUGUGACCUCACUGCCAUGACCUCUGACCCCAGAGAGUGGUACUAUGCCAGAGUGCACGCUUCCUCCCUGCCCUCCAGCAAAUCAGCCUGGGCCCUCUCGCCCAGGUUCAGCCCACGGUGGGACACCAAAAUCAGCGCACCUGUACUGAGGCUGAACAUCUCGGAGCAAGGGAUUGUGGUCCGUGUGAAGCCCCCGCGACUGCUCGUCCGGAAGAUGCACAGCAGUCUACACUACAAGAUCUACCUCAUACACAUCAGUGGAGAGGAGGAGGUGUUUGAGAUGGACUGCUGUUCUAAGAAGCUGUCCCUGAAGGAGCUGAACCACAAGGCAAAGUACUGCCUCCAAGCCCAGACCAUGAUCCCCCUCCAGGCCAAGAGCAGCGCUCGGAGCUCUCUGAAGUGUUUCAACAUGCUCUGACCACACAGAUAAACCUACACUACACAAUGAACGACCGGAUUGUCACCCAUCAGUUUCCAUCGCUAUGUC